GCAAAUGGCUUUUGUUUUUGCUUUUUUUAAAUUAGGCUUGUUAAUUAGUAACUGUGAAGUUUUUAUGCCUCACUAUGUAAUACUAGAUAUAGUGACAAGGCAGCAUGAUUUUACAACUAUAUGUAUUGUUUAUGAUUUCGUAAUGAAUGCAUUUCCACGUCUUCUGCAGAGAGUUAGGGUUCCGCUGGGUGUCCUUCGAAAUUAGGUAAAGAAGUUUCAAAAAGAGAUGGAAUCCAAACCACGCACACCAAGUGUUGUAGCAAGAUUAAUGGGUUUCGAUGAAUCACCUGCCAAGCAGCCUGUCGGCAAGCCUCGUCGAGUGUUAUCUGACAAUUAUCUCUGGGAAAGUGCUUCCAUCAGUUUGUUAGAUAGGCGACUGUAUCAUGAAUGCCGUUCAUUUAAAGGGAAUUAUGAACGAGGGCAAGUAUUCACGGUGUUCGAAAUGCCACAGAUGCAAACAGUUGAUAGACAACGAAACCAGUCAAUUCAAGGGAGGAAUGCAAAUCCAAGCACGACUGAAGUGAACGAGUCAUUUGUAAGGAAUAAUUCCACAGAUGCAGAACAUCUUUCGAUGGAUGAGAAAUUCCGGUUAUUCCGUAGUAUCCAGUCAUUUACUAGAAGAGCUAGAUUCUGACAGCAAUCUUCUAUUGAAAAAUACCAGAAACCAAAUUCUUUGUUUACCAAUAAUCUCCAUGAACUACAAUCUGGUCAUGUAACAGUCUUGAAGUCUUCAAAUGAUCCUUAUAGUAGAAAGAGUGAAAUAUCCAGAAAAUCUUUAAGGACAACUUCACUACGUAAUGUCUUGAGAUCACUUCAAAAACUUGAGAAUGAUUUUUAUUCAGAUACUUGCGAAGACCUUGGUAUUUAUUAUACAUGCCCGUUGUUAAAAUCUCGGUUGGAGUUGAAGGAUAAGGCAGGUCUUUCCCCUUCAAGGAUUGUAAAGGAUGACAAACGUCAUUCCCCUUUAGAGAUUGUUGUUCUUAAACCAAAACUUGGAAAGACACAAAAUGCUGAAAUGCCUUCAGUUUCACCUAUUGAUGGGGAAGGUUCUCUGCCGCCUGAUAAAAAGCAUGUGGAAUCUUUUAAACCUAGACAUGUAGAUUUACAUUACCGAGUGGGAGAAGGGAGAAAUUUGGUUGGCGACGCAGAACUUCCUGGGCACAACACUUGCAGUGAUUUGUUAACAGAUUCAAGAACAACAAUUAAAGGUAAUGAGACCUCCACAAAUGAAUCUGAGGUAGCCAUGCCUUCUUGCCAAAGCCUCUUUGAUUGGAAAUACCCAUGUCAAGCCAAUAUCCUCCAUUGAGUAGGUCAUAUUUUGCCAAACAAGCCAAGAAGCAAAUCUUGGAAAGGUGGAAAAUGAACAAAAGUUGUCAAGAAGUUGGAGAGGCUGUUAAGGGCACCACCCUAGGUCAAAUGCUUGUUACACCAUUUGAAGGAACCAGGCCCGAAAAUCUAAACAACAAGAUUGAUGUUAGUGCCAUGAACAAUCAAUUGAGUCAGAAUGAUGCAGGUGGAGAUUUGGCCAGUCCAUUAGGUAUAAGCAGUGGGAUGGCUAGAAGGAGUGUGUGGAAAGAUUCACUAGAUCAGAAUCUCUUCCUGCUGCCUGUAUCACUGUUGUUAGUCCUAUUACUAGAACAAGAAAUCCAGAUGAGCUGAAAAACAGUCCCGGCGAGAAUGAUCUGUUUAGAAAUUCUCAUGAGAAUACAACAUUUCGCAACUCACCAGUCAGCAGUGUUUCAUCCUUGAGUCUGGAGACUCUGGACUCACAAAUGGUGGCAUUUUCUGAAACCAAAAAUGUGGAACUGUCAUCUGGAACCCUGAGAAGCUGCAGCUACAACAAGGGGCCUGCAUCUUGUCUGUGGAAGAAGAAAAUUCUUCUCAUGUCUUGGAUGCUUUGGUUGGACAGGUUUGAUGUGCUCGAUGAAAUGGAAAAGGGGAUAAAUAUGACAAUUAUGGAACACACAAUGGACUCGCCUUAAAAGUAGUAUGCGGCACAGGUGUUUCCUAAAAGGAGUUUCAUAGGCUUUGUGUCGGAUAUUACACUUACCCAGCACAUUGUUUUGAUAAGAAAAAACUGGGAAAAGUUGGGAUCUCUUACAUGUCCAGGAAGGGUUAGGCAUGCAUUAGUCACGUAAUUUUUAUUGUCAAGGUUUACCUACCAAGACGAGAUGUCAUCAGCAUACAAGGAAAUGUCGAUCAAAUCCUAUGACGAAGCGUUGAUUUCUUCUAGGUGCCGCGCACUUGUGGGAGAAUUUUCAAUGAACUUAUGGGAAGGAUAUUCUCCCAGUCCCAAUUCAGUUCUGGAACCACCCUUUAGUAAAGAAAUUUCAUCGGACUCCGACACCUUUCAGGUUGCUGGUGCUAACCUCCAGGAUUUGCGAGUGCAACUUCAACUUUUGAAAUCAGAGUCAGAAGAAACGAAUUCACAAGGUCAUGGAAUGGCUUUAUCAAAUGACGAGGAAAGUGGGGAUGGAUUCGUUGAUUUUUCUAAAGAAAGUCGAGAACUAAUGGGACUGUUCACAGCUGAAGAGAGCAGGGAUUUCUCUUACGUAGUUGAUCUUUCAGACAAGUCAGGCUUUCAUGGAGGUGAUACACGCAUUGGCUUUGAGUGGUGGUACUCUCCUGGUUUCCCUGUCAACCUUUCAGUGUUUGAGAUUCUAGAGAAGAAAUAUAACUAUCAAACAUCUUGGGACAUUUCAGAAAGGACUUUAUUCGACUGUGUAAACUUGGGGUUGAAGGAAAUUCUUCAACCAUGUAUGGACGUGCUCACGUGGGAAAAAGAUUGGAGGAAAAAGUUAAAUCUUUCACGUGAGGUGAUCGAGGAAGAGCUGUGGAUGUUUUUGGUCGGGUGGAGAAAGGAAGUUGGCAAGGAAUUAUCAGAAAAGUCACUUGGAACAGAAAUCAGGUGGUUUGAGUUGGGAGAAGAUAUCAAUUUUAUAGUUGGCGAAAUAGAGAGAUUUUGUUUGAUGAGCUAGCAGCAAAGUUGGCGUGCGCUGAGAGUUUUUAGUCAAGAUGUGUGGUCUCGGUUCUUGGACUUGUGUCAUAGUUGCAGUGAUAGUUGUCGUGUGUAUGUUUUGUGUGCACAUUUUGGCAUUUCACGGUGUCAAGGGAAUGUAAAGUUCAUUUUUUGGUAAAUGGAAAUAGAUUUGGGUUGGUGUUACACUGUAAUUGUGAGAGUUUCUUUUUUCUUUUUUUGAUCCGCGAAUUGUGAGUUUUUUUUUUUUUGAACUGUGAAUUGUGAGAGUUUUGAGUCUUGGAUUUUUGUGUGAUACUCUGCUUGCUUGAGAAAUUAAAUUGCUUGAUGUUUGGUUGCUUUU